GCGACUGUGCUGGGAGCCAACGUGUCACGUCGCGAGUGGCCCGCGGGCCAAGGAGGGGGCCAUGGAGCCGGCCUGGCGGCAGGCAGGGCGAGGGCGGGGCAGGGGACGAGGGCAACCCGGCGGCGGCCCGGCGGCACUUUCCCAGACCUUGUUGACGGCAUCUGCCGGAGACUCGGGGCCCGGGAAUGGCAGAGGAUCGGGACCGCGCCCUCCCACCGCUGAACCAUCAUCUCAGAAAAAAUUUGAAGAUAUUUGUAAGGCCAAUCAGGCUUUAGCCCAAAGAUAUGCAGAUGAGAACUUUUCAUCUGAUGAAGAUGGAGAAGAGGAAGAAGAUAUUGAAGGCCAGCGUGGAAAAAUUGUUGCCUCAACAUUUACAACAUACACAAGUCAUGUCGGUGGAGAUUCUUCUAGGGACCUAGAACGAACGAAACAAUAUCUGAAUGAAGCAUUUCAGUCAGGAGCUCUAACUUGUCUCAUCUGCAUUGCUUCAGUGAAGAGGAACCAGGCUAUCUGGAGUUGCUCUACAUGUUAUUGUAUAUUUCACUUGCCAUGUAUCCAGAAAUGGGCAAAAGACAGCAUUUUUCUUGUGUCCUCUGUGUUGGAUGAUGAUUUUGGGAAAAAAGAUCAUCCAUGGCCAUGCCCUAAAUGUAGGCAUGAGUACAAACCAUCUCAAACUCCAACCAGAUGUUAUUGUUACUGUGGAAAAGUGGAGGAUCCCCCACCUGAUCCGUGGCUUGUACCUCAUUCCUGUGGCCAAGUUUGUGACAAGGAAUUCAAGCCUUUAUGUGGACAUAAGUGUCUUCUUUUAUGUCAUCCUGGUCCUUGCCCACCAUGUCCAAAGAUGGUCUCUGUAACCUGCUAUUGUGAAAAGGCUAAACCAGUGGCCCGGCGAUGCAGUGCUAAGGGAUGGUCCUGUCAGCAGUAUUGUGGACGACUUUUAUCUUGCGGACAGCACAAGUGUGAAAACUCAUGUCAUCCAGGUGAUUGCCAAGCCUGUCCUCGUGUCAGUAAACAAAAGUGUCUUUGUGGCAAAAGAACAACUGAGCGCUUGUGUGCUAGUCCACAAUGGCAAUGUGAACAGGUGUGUGGAAAAACACUGUCUUGUGGUAAUCAUACAUGUGAAAUGAUCUGCCACACAGGCCUUUGUGGAAAUUGUCCUCGAUCAGGAUACAGGGCUUGUCCCUGUGGAAAAUCAAAAUAUACACUGCCUUGCACAGAGGAUAUACCAACCUGUGGUGACACUUGUGAUAAACCACUUGAGUGUGGCCUUCAUAGAUGUUCAAUGCGCUGCCACAGAGGCACUUGUGAGACCUGCCGACAGGAUGUAGAAAAGCAGUGUCGCUGUGGGAAGCACACAAAAUGCAUGCCAUGCCACAAACAGUACCUGUGUGAAACAAAAUGUACCAAAUUACGGGAUUGCCAAAGACAUCAGUGCAAGAGGAAGUGCUGUUCUGGGAGCUGCCCUGCAUGUGACCUGAGCUGUGUUCGAACACUUGGUUGUAGAAACCACAAGUGUCCGUCAGCCUGUCACCGAGGCAGUUGCUAUCCAUGUCCAGAGACAGUGAAAGUGAAAUGCAAUUGCAGUAAAACUCUUCUGACUGUACCAUGUGGCAGAGAACGUACGACCAAACCACCGAAAUGUAAAGAGCACUGCAGAAAUCCAUCCACGUGCCAUCAUCCAAAUAGAGAGAAACAUCGAUGCCAUUUUGGCCCUUGCCCUCCAUGCAGGCAAUCAUGCCAGAAAACAUUGAAGAAGUGUGUCCACUUUUGUCCUGCUCUUUGUCAUGAUGAAGUACUAGUCAAGCAAGCAAAUUCACACCAGCCUUCAGGUCCAUGGGAGCAACGUUCUGAACCAGCUUUCAUUCGAACUGCGAUACCUUGCCCACCCUGUAUGGUGCCUAUUCCCACGUAUUGCCUUGGAAAACAUGAGGUGAGCCCAAUACCUUGUCAUGCUGUUGGUCCCUUCUCCUGCAAAAGACUUUGCGGCCGACUCUUGACUUGUAGAAAUCACACUUGUGCAAAAGAAUGCCAUGCAGUCACUAUAGUGGAUGGAGUUGAUGACAAACAAAAGGCUGGUCAAGAGUGUUGGACAUGUGAAGAGAGAUGUAAAAAGCCUCGUGCUGCAGGUUGCAUUCACCCAUGCACUCUACCCUGUCAUAGUGGAGUGUGCCCUCCAUGUACACAGAUGAUCCGAAUAAAAUGUCAUUGCAAGAUUGCAAACCUCUAUGUAGAGUGCAUGAAAUUUGCUACAGCUGAUGCAGAAACAAAAACGAUGCUUAAUUCCUGCAAAAACCAGUGUCCAAAGCAGUUGCCAUGUGGACAUCGAUGCAAAGCAAUUUGUCACUCUGGUGAUUGUGCAACAAACUGCAAGCAGAGAGUAAAGCUGAAGUGUCCAUGCAAGAGGAUAAAAAAGGAAAUGGUAUGCACAGUGGCAAGCAAGGGGCAGAUCCUGGUGGAAUGUGAUGAAAUCUGUCAGGAAAUGAAGCAAAAAGCAUAUGAGAUGAAAGAAGCUGAAGAGAAAGCAGCCAUUGAAGAGGAAAGAUUGAAACAACAGGCAGAACUGGAGGCUUUUGAGAAACGAUUGAAAGGCCGUCGUAAGAACAAGAAGAGACGGGACACAGUAGAGACCCAAGAAACAGCUUGGCCAAAGUACAAGAAUUACUUGAUGAUCCCUGUUUGUGGAAUUAUUUUAUCAAUGGUUAUCUUUUACUUAGUGCAGCUCAGUUGAAGAGAUGGGAAGGUAUGGUAUUGUCAAGCUUUGGUUGAUUUUUAAAUAAUCUAUAUCUAUACCACAAUCCCUAUUGUGUUUCUACUUCAGGCUGGGGUAAAUAUGGGAAUUUGAAAGUUUUUUUGUAGUAUUUCAGCAGCCUGCAAACGUUUACAUGAAUCAUUAAUAACAUUUUGAUUGUACAUACAAUUACACAGUACCAUAAUUUUACAUUGGGCUGCUUGUACGGUCUAAAAUCUCCAACAGCAUGUACGUAUGUGUAUAGAAUAUGUGUGCGCACACAUGUAUGCACAUUGUGACAUUGCAUUGACAAAUUUAACAAGAAAAUAUAUAGAUAAUGUUAAUCCCAUUUCAAGCAUGUACUCAUUUUGUUUUAGGAAAAGGACAGAUGUUUAGCUUGCAUUAUAUUACUUUUGUUUUUUUAAUUUGCAUGAACAUAAUGCGUAUAUGCAAGAUGCUUAAAAUAUGGAACUUGCUUUGCUUUUCAAGUCUAUGUAGACCAUAGUCUGUGUCGAUGACUCUUCAAUGAAAGUAAUAAGGCCAUGAAAGCUGAGAGUUAACAAAGCUUUCCCUUCCUGCUGAGUGAACCAGCAGAAAUAGCAUAGUUGAGCUCAGCUAAGUGGAAGUUUGUAAAUUAUUAAUUGCUUCAUCAUCAAAUCAUCAGUACACUGAUUGAGAAGUAUUUGUUAGCUAAGAAUCUUUUGUGCGCUUUUACAUAGUGUCAGAAAUAUUUAAAAAAAUCAACAAGCUGAAAGUUAAUAACCAUGAAACAUUACAAAAUGUUCAAGCACAUUUGCAGGAUAUUUUAAGGCUACUGUUGAUUUUAGUAUUCAGAAACUGAAAAGAUAAAUUUUUGCUUGCUACUCAAAUAAACAACCCCACUGCUGUUUGAAGUUAGAGUAAUGACACAUUUUCUUUACAACAUCCUAAUGUGCGCGUAAUCUUCUGACAAAAAAUGAAUGCAUUAGGAAAAAAAGGGUUAAAUGAUAUAUAUUCAGACAGCAAUUGUUAGUUGAACUAUAUUUAAUUUUAUAUUCAGCUAUUUAAAUUACCAAUAAAUUAAAAAGUCAACCAACAGCCAGAUAUCACUUCAAGGUUGUGUACAUUAAUUUGCAUGAAAGGUGUCGCUAAAGCUCAGUGUUCACGAGAUUUGGCCAUUAAAGUUAACAAGUACCGAGCAUAAAUAGUUUGCAAUGUGAGCCAUGUUACAGUUUGCCUGAACUGGAAAUUCUCUAUGCAUUGUGCUGAUUGUUGCAUCACUUUUCCUUGAAAAUUGGGAUUAAUAAAAUAAACUUUUGUGUC